AUGCAGGCAGCUGUGUACGGACUUGGUGUUUGUGACGAAUAUGGUGGUUCUAUGUUCAAACCUCUUGUUGGAGAGGCUCUUUCAAGACUAAAUGUUGUGAUAGGACAGUCUAAUGCACUACAACCUGAUAAUGUGUUAUGGCAUAUGGCUUUGCGCCAUAUGUAUUUCUCAAGGGCUGAGAGUAGACAGGAUGAGCCUAUUUUGAGGCAGAUCAUGGCCCCUAGUACAUCGGAGUUGAAAAAUUGA